AUGAGGGCCCAGAACGUACUGUUGAUCUCCGUCGGCGCGUCCGCUACCGCUCCACCAACAGCCACGAUAUCCUCAGGCUUGGUCCAGGGAGCCUCGACAAUCCUGCCCAGCGCAGCAUCGACGGUGAACAAGUUCCUGGGAAUCCCCUACGCCAUUCCGCCUCGCCGCUUCUCUCUCCCCGAACCACCGGCGCCAUGGACAGAACCGUUCAAUGCAACGGGCUUUGGCCCUGCGUGUCUCCAGAGUUUCGGUAUCAGUGAACUUGGCCCCAGACCCGAACUGCUGCAAGAACUCUUCAACAACCCUCCGCCGCCCGAGAGCGAAGACUGUCUGAGCAUCAACGUCUUUGCCCCGGCAAGCCCCUCCGCCUCCGCCGGCCUCGCCGUCCUCGUCUUCAUCCCCGGCGGGGGCUGGCAGCUGGGCCACGGCAGAUCAGAUCUCUCCGCCUUCGCAGCAUACGAGAACAUCAUCGCCGUGACCUUGAACUACCGCACAAACGGUAUACAUCCCUCUCUUGUGCCCUCUCCCCUCCUCCAUCAACUGGUUUCAGGACUGACAAACGUAGUCUUUGGUUUCCCCUCGUCUCCCGACAUCCCACUCCCCGAGCGCAAUCUGGGCCUCCACGACCAGCGCCUCGCUCUCUCCUGGAUCCAGGAAAACAUCGCCUCCUUCGGCGGGGACCCGUCAAAAGUCACCAUCUGGGGCGAGUCCGCUGGGUCUCUCUCCGUAGACAACCACCUGAAAGCCUACGCCGACGACCCCUCGCCGCCGUUCCGCGCGGCGGUCAUGUCGAGCGGGCAGACGAGCUUCGGGCUCCUGGCCAUCCCCUCCGCCGGCGGCGUCGAGGCGUGGGCGGGCCUGUCUGCGGCGGCGGGGUGCGGCAACGCAACGGACGGGGUCCAGUGCAUGAGAGACGCGUCCGCGGAGACGCUGCUUUCCGCCAUGCGCGACCAUCGAAUCUCGUUCACGCCGCAGGUGGACAACCUGACCGUCCCCGGCCGGCCCGGAGAGCUCUGGAAGAACGGGCAAGUCGCCAAAGUCCCGAUCCUGACGGGGACCGUGGCGGAGGAGGGACGGGGCUUGGUCAACGACCGAGUCAACAUGACGGCGUUCCUGGACGCCUACUUCCCGCCUCUCCUCGUCCCAGAAGAGGCCCGCGAAGCGAUCGUGUCCGUCUACCGUUCCGACCCGAAGCUCGCCACCGACUUUGAUGUUGCCGCGGCCAUCUACACGGACUUCCUCUGGUCCUGCUCCAUUCUGGCCGCGACGGCAGCGUCGAACAACAUCUCAACAUGGCGCUACCACUUCAACGCCUCGGUCCUCAAUCUCUUACCCGACGAGUACGCCUGGCUGGGGAAGUUCCACGGCUCGGACCUCAUCCUCCUCUUCUCCGACCCCGAGACCACGCCUUACACGCCUCAGUCGUACGCGGUGUACGAGUAUUUCAGGGGGGCCAUCGCACGGUUCGUCAAGAACCCCUUUGCCGGGCCGGGGUGGCCGGCCGUGGGGUCGGCGUAUGCCCCGCUUGACACCGCAGUCUUGGGAGACGUCGGGAAUGUUCCUGGCGUGAUGGCACUGGCUGAUGUCUCCGCUAUUGAUCAGAGAUGCAGGUUGUAUGAGGAGUUCUGGCCCUUGCUAGAGGUUGGUUCCAGCUCAGCGGCUGAGUAG